CAAUGAUUCUAGACCGUGCUUAUAGUAAGCAACGAUGGAAAAGUACUUGUAAUGUGAUCGGAUAACAUCACUCUAAGCCCGAGGUCUUGUGUCAUAUAGGGGACCUAGCGUAGUAUGUAUCGACUUCAUCGCAUGCUGUUAUAAACAGUAAAAUCACAGAGUAAGAUCAUACAGCAUAUCUAUUAGGUUAUUUAUAACGAAGGAAGGUCGUACACUUCGAAAUGCAGGACCAAAACCAAGGUGGACAGCAACUUCUGCAGCAGGAAAUGCGGUACAACCAGCAACCGACAACGUCCGUUACCAACGUAAUUGUUACCCAGCCCGAACCUGCCAGCAAUCCACUUAUGUUGACAGGCCUUCAAGGACACAGAAAAUGGACCACGGGACUGUUCGGUUGCUUUGAUGACAUACCUAUGUGUCUGUUGACGUUGUGUUGUUUGCCAUUUGUGGAGUGUAAGAACGCCUCCCGUUUAGAAGAGUGCUGUUGCAUGCCCUAUUGUGUACCAGGUGGCACCAUCAUCGUCAGGGCCAGGCUCAGAACCAUAGGAGGGAUACAGGUGAGUAGAGGUGCAUUGUGGGUAAUGAAUGCGAGUAUCGUAAAUAUAGCUGAUGAGGUGUAUCGUAGAAAAAUGGAACGAGUAGAGUGUGGCUUAUCGGGGACAAAUGUAAGUUUGCAAAGAGCAGAAUGGGGUUUAUCGUGAACAGAUAUGAAUGAG